AGGUUUAUGUCAGAUCAUUUUUGUGGUUUAUUCCCUUUAAAAGGAAUCAUGGAGACCCACAUUAAAUAGAAUGAGGUCCCUGUUUUUGCUUCAGAGCCAUAGGAUAAAGAUUCUUUAGUAGGUGCAGCCUGUCAGUUACACAAAGGGUUAAGUUAGUCUCGUUCUCGGUAGCAGCACUUUUUGUACAUUCUGUAACACCCAAAAUAUAGACAGAGCAGCAGGAACGCCUCCAGUGUGCUUUCCCUUCUUUUCAUUCGACGCAAUUUUCAUCUCUGUCCAAUUACUGCAAAAUAACGGAUUUCAUUGCAAAUGAAAGUGAAAGCAAGGACGAGCAAGAAUGGCGUGGAUUUUAUUUCUGUUAUUCAGCCUCGAUAUCUCAGCAGUAUAUUGUCGAAGUCACACUCUACACUUUCAUAUCACAUUGGCAUCAGCUCCGAUCCCUGGGCUUUCCCAGUAUUCCAUUAUUAUGUACAUGGAUGGAGUACAGUAUGGAAGGUACAACAGUGACAUACGUCGUGCUCAGUUCUACUCUGCAUCAUUGAACCCACUCUCCGAGCACUUGGACAUGCAGACCAAAUACGCUCAGGAAUUUGAGGUGUGGCAAAGGCACAGGCUGAACUUUCUAAUGGGAGUUUUCAAUACAACAAACUGUGAUGGACAUAUCCAUGUCUACCAGAGGAAGGCUGCCUGUGAGCUACAUGAUGAUGGCACCAUUGGUGGAUACAUGGAGAUUGGCUUUGAUGGGAAGGAAUUUUUAGUAUUUGAUAAGGAGAGAGUGGUGUAUGUGCCUGCAACACAAGAGGCUGUGAUGGUGUCUAAUCUAUGGAAUAAGCACUAUGAUUCAACUAAUAGUAAGAUGUACAUUGAAAUUGACUGCAUCGAGCACAUGAAGAUGUACCUCCCUUACAUAUCAAAUGACCUGGAGAAGAAAGUUCCUCCAAAUGUGAAGGUUUCCAGCUCAGAGUCAGGGAGUGGUACCAAACUGCACUGCUGGGUGUAUGGGUUCUACCCCCGAGAUGUGGAAGUGAAAUGGAUAAAGAAUGGGAGAGAUGAGAUUUACUCAGAGGAAUCAGCAGAGAUCCUGCCAAACCCUGAUGGCACCUAUCAGAUCAGAGUCAGUGUGGAGGUAACACCAGAGGAGGGCACCACUUACUCCUGCCAUGUGGAUCACAGCAGUUUGGAGAAGACACUGGUUGUCCCCUUUGUUCCCGUAGAAUCCAACAAACAUAACAUUUUGUAUAUCAUCAUCCCUGUUGGUUCAGCAUUACUCGUCCUCCUGAUUGUCCUGGGUGUGUUUAUAUACAGAAAAGUUUCCUGUGGCUAUCAGAGUGUGAGCACAGAGGACGGAGACUGAAAUUCCAAAUACACUCCUCUACUAUGAUUUGAUGUACAGUAAUAAAUGCCUUUGGAUACGUGUUUGUGAUGCUCCUCCCAGCAGCGCUCUUUCAGCAACGUCGCCCAUCUUGGCUAAACACGGCAACCUGCCAAGUCAAAUACUCAAAGAUUUGCCAAACACAUAAGGCAGGUGUAGCGGGGAAAUCCCCUGCAUGUUUAUUUAGACAUAUGAUGUAACGUUUCGGGGGCGUGCCCCUUCUUCAGACAUCUGACAUGCCUUAUGUGUUUGGCAAAUAUUUGAGUAUUCACAUUGUUGGGAGAGGUGCCGACCCCUCCAGCCAGCACAAGGUAUUUGCAGACAGGAGAGGAAUCGGGGGAAAUAGGAUCUUUUGAUUAACCUGCCAAGUCGGACAGAUCAUAGUUUUUAUUUUUGCAUCACACAGUUUAAAAGUAAUCAAAAAUCACACUGAUUAUUGCAAGAGAAUUCGCCAAUGAGUAAUGUCAGUCAUCUUGAAGUUAGCUUGCCUACAGAGACUAUUCGGGCUUUUACUACUGGGAGGCUAUAGGGUCAGAUUGGACCGGUGGGACACCGGGAAAAACCCCGGUUGGCCCUGCCAGCCCAGACUCACUGCUCACACCUUCCUGAAACUAUGUGGCCCCUGACAUACCUCCUGCCCCCAUCACUAGAAGAAUAGCAGGUACGCGGUGGGGGGUUGUGUCUGGCACAGGGGUUGGGGGCCCAGGGCAGAUGUGUGUUGGCCCCUGAUGCGGCAGCCCCAGUGGACUCGGACCAGUCCGACACUUGUCCGAUAUUGGUUGAAUUACAAAUGUGUGACCCCAUGCAAGAACAGAGGGCUCAUGUACGUCUCCAAGUUG